CCUUUUGCGUGAGACGGCUCAUACAAGAUAUAAGAUACAAGAUUUUAACUCAUAUAUAUUGUAAAAACAACAUUUAGAGGUCUCCACCUCAAGCUCGAACUCUUUCUGGAUCCGCCCAUAGAGAAUGCUUAAAGGCGGCCACCUGUGGUCCACUAUCUUUCUAUCCUUUCUGUACUUCUUGAGUCCUUCGCUGUGCCAGUAUGACAAAGUCUGUACAUAUGAAACCUAUCGCAGAGGCGUACAUCCACAAGGCGCAUGCGGAGACAAAUUAGCCGACAUUCUCGAAAUCGUCUGCAAUAAUAAAAGUACCCGGGAAAGAAAAGACAAAAUUGUUCGUAGGAACAUGAUAAAACAAAAUUUUACGACAUCCGAAAACUUGUUGCCAUUAGAAAAACUACGUCAUCUUGGUAUAAUAAAACCCCAUCAUCCAUCCUUAAACUCAAGACGUUCACCAUGGAAGUCAGUCAUCAAAAAGUUUUUAUCGAACAAAGAGAAAGCACUCGCAUUUCUCUCAGGCGACUUGCAUGCAACUCACGCCAUAAAGAGGGCAAGCCAUUUUCCUUAUGUGAAGAGAAAUGGCGACACAAACAUCGUGUGUGAGUGCUGUUAUCAUAGCUGUACUGUCGAAGAGUUUGAGGGAUAUUGUGCAUAAUUGAAAAUGCACAUUUUGUUUUUCAUGUACGUAAAUGAUAUAGUGAUGGAUGACUUUUUAUGCUCUAAAAAUAUGCUAUUUUUAUCUAUAAUUUGUAGAAUUUGUUCUAAACCUAUAGAAAUAUUACGUAGAAGAAUGCACUUUCUGCGAGAUGCAAACAAUUUUGACAUCCAUGAAUCCUAAUACUGAACUAUUAACAAUGUUUUUUUUUAAGUUUUUAAGAAAAACUAAAUUGGUAUCAGUCUCAACUUUACGUAUAAACGUCAUAAAACAAUUGUUUAUGUUUUUCAUUUUAAGAGGUUGGUAUCAGAUAUCUACUUUAUUUGCCUUUUUAUUUUGAAACCCUUUACUCAAUAUAUUAUAUUUUAAAUAAAAUAUAUAUAUAUAAAAAAAAUAAAGCUUCCUUAUGUAUCAGGAAUCCAACAUUUUCUACUGAAAAUGAUGGGUUUACUUGGGUUUCUUCUGUGUAUUGUAUGAGGAUAAAUAACACAAGUAAUCCUGUCCAAAACUCAAAUAUCUCUGCUUAAACGUUUGCCUCUCUUAGCAGAAAAAUGAUCAGAUCAGUAAACAAAAACAUGCUUGGCUAAGCCAUUUUUUGAGAAAAUUAUGAGUAUGUUCACCUGUCAGGUAAAUUAAAAUAAUAUGAAAUUUCUUCUUUGAAAUAUUAGGUGUUUUAUGACUGUAGUGUCUCUUGAAACAUUUAACAUUUUCAUGAGUGUUUUUAACAAUCAUAUUUCUUAUUAGUUCCCCAUUUGAAGAAAUAUUUUUAAAAAACAGCAAGUGUAAAUCUUCAUUGUAGGAGAUAAGAAAGUUAAUUUCUAGUAUGUCUUUAAGGACAGAAGAUACAAACAAAAAAUAUGGAUGUCUGGAUAGGUAUAUAUAUUUUUAACCUAUUUAAAAUUUAAAUGAUGCAAAUAAUAGAUUUUUAAAUUAUUAAAAACCUGCAAACUUUCUUAGAUGUUCAAAAUUCAACUCUUCUGCAACCUUCCUUAUUACCCUAUACAUUUGUUUUUUCACUUUAAAUCCCAUAAUUGUGAAACUUUGAAUGAUAAAUUAAAAACUA